CCUUAGCUGAUGUUUGAUGAGUUUUUGCAAGCGCUCAGCGUUAGUAUUCCGAGCGCGGAGCGUAGCAUUCCUUACGGUGAAGAAAAUUCAACGUUUUCCUUUGUCGACCAAAACUUACCGAUCGUCUAAGGUGUUCCUCCGGCAGAACAAGCUUGAGUCCCCAUACGGCGCGCGUUUCCUUUCGGUGGUGUGAAUUUUAUAGGCGACAGUGAUAAUGUGAAGCAAUGCGUUUUCUUCUUCUUUUCGUUCGAAUAAUUAUUAGUGUCAUCAAUUCAAGGAUUGCAAUCGACUGUAUUACUGUUAUAUCUGGAGAAAUCUGUUGAAUAUUUGUGUUGGUUAGAAAUAUGCCUAAAAUCGUUUGCGGUUUCCGAAUUUGAUUAUCAGUUACAAGUGAUACAAACAAUCGUUUAAUGAUUAAUAGUAGUGACCCCGACUAAUGAAAGAUCAUUGUACAUCGACAUUGAAAGGGAAAAAGACGUUGGCAAGUUAACUGACAAUGAUUGAUCAACAACAGCAAUUAAAUUAUUUUCCUAUGGAAAUGAAAUGUACGAUGAACAAAGCCCCUGCGGUGGGAGGACACACAUUGCUUCCGCCAACGAAUGAAAAUAACAACAAUUUAAACAAUGUCAUCAAUAACAACGCCGGAAGCACUGGAGCCAAUAGUAGUGCCAACAGCAAUAGUUGUAGCACUGGUAAAACAUCCACACUACAAGCAACCUGUUCACCGGUGCAAUCGACCACAGCUGUAACCACACCACCGUGCUCCGUGGGUGUGUCUGCAUUGGGUGCAUCGCUGGCCGAACGGUUAGUGGCCGCCGUAGGGGUUGGGGCAACCGUGGAUGCCCUUUUGGCGCCUGCAUCAAUGAUGACAACAGGCUCUGUAAAUACGGUCGCCACCCUCUGUGGUCAGUGUUGUAGCCCCAUUUGCGAUCGAUACAUAAUGAAAGUGGUGGACAUCCCAUACCACGAGCGAUGUUUACAAUGCAAUUCAUGUGCCAUUCGCUUGAUGCAUUCCUGUUUUAUGCGGGAUGGCAAGCUGUACUGCAGGUUCGACUACGAAAGACUGUACGGCCGGAACCGAUGUCUCGGGUGUGGUGAAAAAAUUAGCGCUGACGAGUUGGUUAUGCGAGCACUCGAUAAUGUGUUCCAUCUUAAGUGCUUUAUCUGUGUGGUGUGCGGCGUUCGACUCCAGAAGGGCGACCAAUAUGUCAUCAAGCAGAGUCAAUUGUUCUGCCGGCCAGAUUACGAAAAGGAGGUGGAAAUGUUACAGGGUUAUAACUAUGGUAAUGCGGUGAAUUUUCCAGCGACAGAGACGCAAAAAGUUUACUUAAUGCCUUUUGCAGAUGAUUAUUGCUGUGAUGAUAUCUUUCAAACGAGAAUCGAUGGCAGGCGAGGACCAAAGCGACCCAGGACCAUCCUCACCACCCAGCAGCGGAGGGCGUUCAAAGCAUCGUUUGAAGUUUCACCAAAACCGUGUCGCAAAAUACGAGAGGGGUUGGCGAAAGAUACUGGACUGAGCAUACGGAUAGUACAGGUUUGGUUUCAAAAUCAGCGCGCAAAGAUGAAGAAGAUGCAGAAAAAACAGCUGAAGGAAGGAAAUAAAGGAGGUCAGAGUAACGCCAAUAAAGGGAAUGAUUCACAAGAUGAACUGUCCGAAAACGAAACGAAGCUGUCUCUGAAAAUUAAAGAUGAAAAUUCCAGGUCAAACAAUUAUCUACCUGAUAGUUGCAGUGAUACCGAGGGUGGUAUCAACGAUAACGAUUCGUUCGGAUCACGGAUCAGCUCGGGGGCGGAAGCGUUCAAGCCAGUCAAGGAGGAGGUGGACAUGGAUGAAGAGUACUUUCGUAUGAUGAGCGCAGCGACUCGGUUUGUUGGCAAGAAUUUUGAAGAUACAUCGAAUGUAGUGAAAAGUGAAAACAUUCCACUCAGCACUAUGAUGGGGAUGGAGUACCCUUCACUUCAGCAGCUGACAACAUCGAUGAACUCACCUCACGUCCAGCUGUUGAACCCCAUCGACCGGCUGUAUUCGAUGCAGAAUUCCUAUUUCUGCAACCCAGAUGGUGGUAAUCCCGUCGUCAGCACCGGUUGUGGAAACAACGGAACAGAGCAGCCACCCAGCAGUCACUUGCACCACCAUCCCCAUCACCCGAUGUCAAGCACUCUUCAUCACAAUCAGGUGCCUUCACCGAACGCAGUUACCAGGGGUCCCGGUCCACAUCCGAUUCCUCCUGGUCCACAUAAUGAAAACCAUGGACAUCCGCUACACACACUUCAACAGCAUCAUUCACAUUACCAUCAACAUCACCAGUCGUAAAUCAAUCAAUAUGUUUCAAAUGUGUGAUUUAAUCUUCAAAAAAAAACGCGAUCCCAUCCCCAUUCUCAGCUCGCCGCCCAAUGAAAUGAGCAAAAAGUGCGGUUUGAUUCGGAAAAGAGUAACAACAUGUUAAUGGAAUUAUUGUUGCAUUUUAUGAACAGGAGGUCGUUAUGCUAAUCGACAUUAUUGAACAGAUUGACUUUUGGUGUGGGAGGAAAUCGAUACUACAUGUAUAGUUGUUUCCGGUAUUGCUGCUGUACAAUUCCGGUAAUCGCGAAUAGGGGAAAUAGCUUUCGGUAUGAAAGAUUUGUUCGGUGUUCAUUGAUAAGUGGUUGAGAUUGAUGACUGCUCGAUUAGGUACGUAAUUACAUAAUUACAUGUUAUGUUUUUUCUGCAAACUGAACAAUAGAUCUUUGAAUUGAUAAAUUGUAACUUAUGCGGUCCUCAACACAUUUUAUAAUGAAAUAGUAAGCUUGAGGUUGUGUGAAUAUGUGAUGAUUUUAUUCGAACAAUUAUUCAACGUGUACAGUUAAACUUCUAAGAUGUAAUGACCAAAGAAAAGUGUUAUCAUGUACCAUAUGUAUGGAUGUAUUUGUGUAGCCCAAUUAUUAAGAAA